AUGGCCUCAGCUGCAGUUGCCAAGAAGUUGAGGGAGGAAGCUACCUGCCCCAUCUGCCUGGAGCUCAUGACUGAGCCCGUGAUUAUCGACUGUGAGCACAGCUACUGCCGUGUGUGCAUAGUGGGCUUUAUUGAGAACCGAAGCUCUGAAACAUCAUGUCCAGGGAUAUCUGAUUGUCCCCUGUGUCAGAAACCUUUCAAACAUGAUAGCAUCCGACCCAACAAGCACCUGGCAAAUAUUAUUGAAACCAUCAAGGAGACAGAGCAGGAAAGGUUGUGUGAGAAACAUGGAGAGCAGCUCCACCUGUUCUGUGUAGAUGAUGGUCAGCUCAUCUGCUGGCGCUGUGAGCGGUCACCACAGCACAAGGGACAUGUCACUGCUGUUGAAGAUGCAUGCCAAGAUUACAGGGAACAGAUCCAGAAAGCAGUGGAAAAAUUAAAAGUCAGAGAAUCCAAAUAUAUGCAGCUGAAGCAAGACACAACCCAGAAAAUAAAUAUUUGGGAGGAGAAAAUAAAGCAUGAGGAAGAACGAAUCCAUUCUGAAUUUACAAGUCUUCACACACUCCUGCAUCAGGAGGAGGAGUUUUAUAUGUGCCAAUUGAAGAAAGAAAAAGAGCAGAAGCUGAAGAGCCUGCAGGACAAUGUAGCCCAUCUGGACAACAAACUACAGGAACUCAGGAACCUCAUCCAGGAACUGGACAAGAAAUGUCAGGGCUCAGCACAGAAUUUGCUGCAGGAUAUAAAAGACACCUUGGGCAGGAACUCAGCUAUCAAUAUGGAAAAACUAGAGAAUGUUUCUUUGGAGGUGCAUACUGUGUGCAAUGUUUCCAAGCUUUACUUUAAUGUCAGAAAGAUGUUAAAGCGCUAUCAAGUGAAUGUGACUCUGGAUCCAGAUACUGCUCAUCGAGAAUUAGAUCUGUCUGAUAAUCAGAGAAGAGUGCAUAACAUUGGAGAACUUAUGUGUAGAUUUUUACAGAGGCCUCAAACUCCUGGAGGAUUUAGUGCCUUACCCUCUGUCCUGGGCCGUGAGCGCUUCACCUCAGGAAGACAUUACUUUGAAGUGGAUGUGCGAGAAGGAACCACGUGGGGUGUAGGAGUUUGUCUGGACAAUGUUCCAAGGGACACACCGAAGCCUAGGUCUGGAUUCUGGACUAUCAAACUAAGAAAGAAAAGGAGGAGUUUAGCCCUUUCUUCCUAUGCCACUCCUCUUCUGCUGAGGAAUGAGCUUGAAGUAGUAGGAAUUGCGCUAGACUAUGACGCGGGGCUUGUGUCCUUCUACAAUGCCACUACUGGUUCCCACAUCUACACCUUCCCAAAGGCCUCCUUCUCUCAGGCUCUCAGACCUUAUUUCCAGGUUCAUGAGCGUUCUUCUUUGUUCCUGAUUUCCUCAAAUGAGUAA